AUGCUCUUUGCGUCUGCACGAGAGCAGAGUGCUGUGGAGGUCCAAUGCGAGCGGCUCCUUCAUAGUCCAAGCGCUAGACUGCGUGCUGAGAAACAUGCUUCUUUCCUGUUCAAAGGUACUGAGCCGCUUAAUGAAGGCUUUGUUACAUUGGAUGCUGCGCGUCCCUGGUUGUUCUACUGGUGCCUCAAUGGUUUGGCUUUGCUCAAGGGACCAUCGUGUUCCAUUUCAGAUAAAGCUUCAAGUCUCAAGUCUGCUAUCCUGGAGUGUCAACAUCCUGAUGGAGGAAUUGGUGGCGGAUUCGGUCAGCUGGCGCAUCUGGCACCAACAUAUGCCACCGUCCUGGCAGCAGCAAUCGUUGGAGAUGAAGACGUCUUUGCAGCAAUCGAUCGGAAAGCCAUGUAUGGCUGGCUUAUGUCACUCAAACAGAUCAAUGGAGGUUUUGCGAUUCAGCAUGGCGGAGAAGUCGACACUCGAGCAGCUUAUCUUGCGUUGACUGUUGCCUCGCUUCUCAACCUCAUGACGGAGGAACUUGUUUCUGGCACAUAUCAAUGGAUCAUCUCAUGUCAACGCUACGAGGGUGGGUUGGCAGGUUGUCCUGAUGGGGAAGCUCAUACUGGCCCUUCUUUUUGCGCCCUUGCAGCAUUGUGCAUCCUAGACAAACCCGGAAGGCUCGAAGAAGCACUUGAUCUGCCAGCUCUGUUGCGGUGGUUGACGCAUUGCCAAAUGGCAGUCGAGGGUGGAUUCUCAGGCCGCACCAACAAGCUUGUGGACGGCUGCUACAGUUGGUGGACAGGGGCGCAACUUGCCAUUGUUGAGACUGCGCUCGGCGGCUCAGUGGAAUUGUUUGACAGGUCAGCCCUCUCGGCUUAUAUCCUCAAGUGCUGUCAAUCAGAAAAACGAGGUGGACUACGAGACAAGCCAGGCAAGUCAGCCGACUACUAUCACACUUGUUACUGCUUGGCUGGUUUAUCUAUUACGCAAUCUCAUUUCAGCUUCCAUUCAGAUGAUACAUUGGAUGAGAACAUGGGCUCUCAUGCGUAUAACUGGCAUGUGAGGAGCGAUACUGAGCAGACUAUCGUCACAACCCUCCAUCCAUUGUUUUCGAUUCCGCCUGAAUGUGCGAGGAGGUUGCGCGGGUGGUCCACAGCACAAUCAGGGCAUCCGCCGUCUUUUCAGGGCGCUUGA